CGGCUGAACUGAACUGAACCCCAGCGAGUAGCGGCGGCGGCGGCGGCGGCGGCGGCAUGCAGUUCCUCCGAGGCGGCGGCGGCGGUGGGUUCGGAGGGACGGCGUGGGAGGUGGUGCGGCGGCACUUCUCGAGGAAGCGGGCGGUGAACGUGCGGCGGAUCAACCCCAAGGUGCCCAAGGAGGAGGCCGUCGCCAUCUCCGGCCGCCUCCUCCAGAUCCUCUCCGACCACGGGCCCCUCACCGUCGGCAACACCUGGAACCACGCCAAGGAUGCUGGUAUCAGUGGGCUGAACAGCAAGACUCACAUGAAGAUCUUGCUAAAAUGGAUGACGGGAAGAAGGAUCGUGAAGCUGUCCUGUACACAGGUAGGCAACUCAAAGAAGUUUCUGUAUUCCCCGUUUACUGAAAGUUCAGAGGCAUCUAAGGAAGCUAGCUCGCCAUCACCAUCACCGGAGGCCAAGAAUUCUCCCGCCCAAGGAGGGAAAGGGAAAGCCACAAGAGGGCAACCGAAGAAGCAGGCCGUGGCUUUACACUGAUCGUCAGUGAGCAGGCAGGUCAUGGUGCUGUUAUGGUUUUUGGGAUUUUGCUGUUGGGUUUUGGAGCAAAGGAAGUUUUCCUUGAUCAUGUCACCCAAAUUAGAAUUGCGAUGAACCUUUGUAGCACUUUGUUGUAGUAGGGCACUUGAGCUAUGCUAGGUGCAUUGUGCCAAACAAAGCAUUGGUGAAGUGGAAUAAUUUGUAACCAUCCUGAGAUGUUGUUGUGCUAUUUAUUUGUGAGUUGAGGUUGAGAUUGCCCUGAUGA